AAGGCCAUACCCUAGAAUGACCUUUGACACUGUUCAAACGGAGGUUGCCAAUGGUUAUCAGAUGCCACGCCCUCGCCAUUGUGGACAAGAAGUGUAUACGGUCAUGACUGGUUCUUGGGAGAAGGAAGCUACAAAUCGGAGUAACUUUGAUCAUAUCCUCAAGAGUUUGGAAAGGAUUCUAGAAAAGACUCAUAAUUAUCUGUCUCUCAAUGACUUGGAUGAAGGAUUGUAUGCGUCUACACUCGACAUGUGAAAUUAAGCCGUGUUCGGAUGUGCAGCGGUACUACAACGCAUCUACAUCUUGUAAACCGUACGUUGGUUGGAUAAGUAUAGGGACUUUAGAAGGAAUAACUUGUGUUAAACUUAGCCAAGAAUGCUGAAUCAGACUAGAUCGCAAAUACUUGUAUGAAUCUUGCAUCAAGUAUACGUCUGUUUGAAAAAAAUUGUAUUUUUAAGAUCAUUUGGUAAAAAUGUGUAAAAAAGUUACUUUAAAAAGUUAAGUUUACACUGUCAAGAGGUCGAAAUAUUCUAGAAGACACGAAAUUUGUGAAUAUCAAGGUUAUAGCGGCCGAUCUCAAACAUUCAACAGCAUAUUCUCAUGAUUUUUUUGUCGGUUAUGUUGUGUGUAUAUACUGU